CCGCCUCAAAGUGCCACUGGCACUGCAAGUAUAUCUCAAGGACCCAAGCGGGAACGUCCUCGGUCCAAAGGUCAAGAAUGCUACAGACGUUGGAACAAGCGAUAUAUCUAAUAGGUGUCAUAAUCUUGCUGAAAACUACCUACGCUUUCGGCAAUUGGGUCAAGGACACCUUCUUCGUUAACAAAGACUCACUCCUAAAGUACCAAACUGACUCCAAAAAUGCUUAUGCGGUCGUUACUGGUCCAACCGGUGGUAUAGGACAAGCCUUUUGCGAUGAACUGGCGUCAAAGGGUUUUAAUUUGAUUCUCGUGGGACGAAACCAGACCAAACUCGACAAGCUCAAGGAGGGUGUAAGUAGACGGUACCCAGCCAUCCGCAUCCAAACUGUGAUAUCCGAUGCGAAGGAUACCACACCAGAGAACUUUUCUCGGGUCGCCGAGGCAGUUGCUGCCGCUGGUACUGUCAGCAUCCUAGUCAACAAUGUCGGUGCGAUGAAUAAGCUCUAUGGUACACUGGAAGAAACGUCCUCUGAGGAACUGGAGUCUAUUAUUCGCAUCAACUGCACCUAUACAACCCUUCUUACGAAAAGUAUCCUCCCAAUACUCAAGAAGAACCGCUCUUCACGAAGCCUGAUUCUGAACGUCAGCUCUGCUAGCAGUUACGGACCCGGGCCACUCAUGUCGGUGUACGCAAGUUCCAAAUGGUUUAUAAGCGGCCUGUCGGAAGCGAUCCGUUUGGAACUGCGCGGGUCUAAUGUUGAUGUUACCUGCGUUUGUCCUGGUUUCGUCAAAUCGGACAUGUGCCAGCUUCCAGAUGCUGCGGAUCCCGUCGUAGUCGCACAGCAAACCUUUGGAAAGGUGCACUUGAAAAACUUUAGUCCCUACUGGCAGCAUGCGGCCACAUUUGGUCUUUUGGCACAACUCCCAGGUUGGCUCAAGGAUCGCUUGCUUUUGACGGUCGUCAACCAGGCUGGAAAGGUGCAUAAUGCGAGCGUUCUUGAACGCAGGAAACACAACUGAACUGGGGUACACCAAAGCAACUCUAUAUAUGUAGUUAAUGUAGACAAAAAAAAACACUAAGAACUGAGAACUGUAAGAGUAUUCACUCAGCGUUAGCCACAGCUGGCCUGUAAAUCAAACAAAUGUCAAACUUUUAAA